GAGCUUCCUCCCGCACAGGGGAGGUGAGAAUAGACUGGUUCAAAAUGGCGUCAAUCAGACCUGUUUCUUCUCCGCACUUUUGGUGAGCUGGAUGUGGCCGGUGGCUGUUUUCCAAUACAACCAUUUAGACAGUGGAAGGGGGUCCUUGAGGCAAUCAGAGCUUUUAUGAAAUCUGGUUUUUGCCGUCCAGGGGAGAAAAGGAUGGAUGCACUACUGCUGCCAAAGGAAGCUGGAAAAUUUAUAGCUGACAACAGCAAAGAUGUCUUUAUAUUGGAAAAAGGAGUUUGGAAAGUUGCUGAAAUGCUGUUUGAAAAAAGAAAUUCAAAGGAACUCGAUGCAACAGGAUGGAAGCUACUCCAUGAUCUAAACCCACAAACAAUGAAUGAGGCAUCUGUCAACUGGGUAUUUGUCGUAGACACCCUCAAUUUUUCCUUUUGGUCAGAUAAUGAUGAUCACAAGUGUUUGAUUAAGUACAAAGGCAAAAUGCAUAGUGGCUUUUGGUCACUUUGUGCUGCUAUUAACAGAGCGCUGGAUGAAGGCAUUCCCAUUACCGCUGCAUCAUACGUUGCGAAUAUAACCCUAGAUCAGCUGAAAUAUGUGCUACGUUCAGACACUGAAGUUCCAAUGCCUUUGAUUGAAGAACGUCUCAAAGUACUGAAAGAGGCUGGAAAUAUAUUGCUCGAGAAGUUUGAUGGUUCAUUCCUUAAUUGCAUUAAGAAGAGUGAAAAUAGUGCUCAGAAGCUGCUACAGCUCGUGGUGGAAAAUUUUCCAUCAUAUAGAGAUGAAACAGUGUUUCAGGGCAGGAAAGUUGCUUUUUACAAAAGGGCACAAAUCCUUGUGGCAGAUAUCUGGGGCCUACUGGAAGGAAUGGAGGAUGGUGCCUUUCAUGACAUAGCCAGUCUGACUAUAUUUGCGGACUACAGAAUCCCUCAAGUACUUGUCCACCUCGGAGCCAUGAAAUACUCUGAAAAACUAAUGGAGAAACUUAAACAAGGUGUGUUGUUCCAAUCAGGGGAUUGUGAAGAAGUGGAGAUUCGAGGCUGCUCCAUUUGGUGUGUUGAGUUAAUAUUGCAUUGCAUUCUGGAACUUGGAGCACAGAAGGGGUGCACGAAUGCACACAUCAAUUCUGUUUUGACCGAUUAUUACUUGUGGGACUAUGCUAGAGAUCACCGAAAGGAUAUGGAAGACAUCCCCAUUCAUCGUGUUCGCUGUAUCUAUUACUAAUUAGAUACUGUGUAGAUUUCUAUGGUGAAAAGAUGCAGCCUAUUUUGGGAGAAAGAACAACGUUCCGUCAUUAAAUUGUAGACCCUUGUCUUGGUUCAUAUAUAUGAAUUUGCAAAUUAGCAUAAUGAUCUUUUUUACAAAAACUUGUAAUAAUAGCUAAUGCAACUAGAUGGUAUAAAAGAAAGCAAUGCAUUUUUCAAAAUAGGUUAGUGAUCAAGUUAAUUCUCUCCACUGAAUUCCUAAAAGUACCUCUAUUGCAGUGCAGAAUGAAGAUAAAAUAUUUUGUCAGAAAGAAGCCUAGGGAAAAUGGACUGGGUACCUGAAGUGAGUGGCCUAGUAUGUGGACUUGUAUCCGAAUGAGAACAACAUUAGGUUUUUUCUUCCUGGGAGUUAGCUACAUAUCUGCCUUAUAUCCCUUCCAAAUGGAAAUGAUAACUUGUUUUGAAAUACACCAUUUGAAGUCUGCAUAGUAGGCCAGAUCACAACUGCAUAUAAUGUGCUCCUGAGAUGCUGCUUGGCCUGCUGUGUUCACACUUUGUUAUCUUGGAUUCUCCAGCAUCUGCAGUUUCCAUUAUCUCUGCAUAUAAUCAUGGCAAUUUUAAAGAUUAUUGAUCCAGUUGAGUUCCAACCCAGCUCUUUACAGAGUGGUCCAAUCAGUCUUAUUAUUCCACUGCCCAACAAGUUUAUUUCUAUUGAGUCCAUCCAAUUUCCUUUUCAAAAUCAUUUAUCAUUCCUGCUUCCAUCACCUAUGUAGAUACCAGGAUUCCGGCCAUUACCACUGUAUGGAAGAAAACAACUUAUCACAUUUUCCCUUACGAACACAUCCUGAAGAUCUGCACCAUGGUCUUUAAACCACUAGCCUUAUGGGUACAGCUUCUCUUUGUCUGCCUUGUCCAAACCUGCCAUGAUCUUGUGCACCUUUUUAAAAAUCUCCCAUCUUCGAACUCCUUUGUCCAAGAGCAAUCUUAACUUCCUGAAUUUAAUCUUGUAGCUAAAAUUCCUCCACGCUGGAACCAUUCUAACAAAUUUCCUCAGCACCUUCUCAGGGAUUCUCAUCUCAUUGUGACCAGAACUGGACACAAUACUCUCUAGAUAUGGCCUAACCAAACCAUUGUUGAGGUUCAAAUGUACUUGGCAUUUUAUUGAUUUAAACCAGCAAUGAUUUUUUUUUUUAAAAUCAAAGUUUCUGCACAGUUGGCCUCAAAACCUCUCUGUUUUCAGUGCCAAUCUGUAAGGAAUAGGUGAUUACCCCACAGAGAACAUGCCUGUGGUAUGUGUUGAGAGGUGAUGUCUAAAUGGAUGUUUGGAAGGAUGGUGUAUACUCUUUUAUGUGUGUUUUAAAGAUAUAAGUUUUAAUUUAAAUUUAUACUCUGAAGUUUUCUUGUUAAAUUUAAGCAUGCUGUAUCAACCAAUAAAGUUGCACUUUUACCGGAUUCUAA